UGAACACGAGUGACGGGCGUGCGGGGAAAAUCGAGAAAAUUCCAAAAAAUGGUGCGCAACGCUCAUGCAUCCAAAUCAGACGAACUCGACGCUCCAUUACUACAACCACUCCGCAACAGCUACAUAUUAUGUUCCUAGCUAGCCAGAGCCAACACGAUCAAUAACAAGUGCCACCAUGCCCAAGCGAUCGAACGACGCCUCGACUGUUCAUACCGGGACCAGCUCGCUGCGUAACUUGGACUAUGAACCCUCGCAGCAGGGAUCUGUGGAUGACGGUGACUCGGCCUCGGAACGCAGCGACGGUGCAUCAGCCAUGUCAUCUGUCGUUUCUAGUGUGAAGCGUGAUCUAAAAGCAAGAGCGUCGAAAGGAACCUUUAGCUCGCAAAGUGUUUCUACUCGUCAAUCCAAUAAUGCCAUGAUGUGGCAAGAUUCCGUUGACGAAGACGAGCUGUAUUCCACGUCGACUGACGAAGAAGAAGAACAACAGAUCGAUGCAAGCCACUACAACGGCAGCAAGAAGCAACACUCGAGCGAAAGGGGAAACAAGGGGAAAGAUCACGAUACAGACACGCUGGAAUCCACAGAAGAUCCUACAAGCGACACGGGCAGUGAAUACACGCAUGGCGACGAUGGAAUCCAACAGCGUCCCAAGGGGGGAAAGCUGAAAGCACCGGUUGAAACUAGGGCGCAGUCAAAGCCUUCCAAGCCUGCGAGUAGUCUCAAAAAGAAGAAAAAGACUUCCAGGAAGGGUCGCCGAAAGGACGAACCACUGAAGAAGCUGCGUUUUUCUACAGAAGCACUGGCAGAAGCAGCUCAUUCGCGCAUCUAUGAAGAUCGACAUGAAAGGCACCAAAAACCAGAGCCAUUCGACGCUAGUUGGUUACAGAAUGUGGAUUAUGUAUCUGAGGUUGACGUUGCUUCUACCAAUCAAGAUCUUUCCACACUCCACCCGCUGGGCAAAGAGGAAUGCCAGGAAGUCUUCAAGAAUCGAGUGCCGUUUGAAGUACCCAUGCCAGAGGAUGGCUACGGCUCCGACGAUAUGUCAUCUAUCCAUGCGCUAUCAACAAAACUUCAAGCAAUGAAGUUUGCACAAGAUCAACACCGCGAGCACGACAUCGAGGAAGGGACAUUGCAUGAGGUUUCACAAACCAACGCUGACGAGGAGCCCCCUGCAUCCAAAGAGGGAACUGAGGAUUUGUCGUCGCCCCAACAAGACGGACGCCUUCGCGCAGUCUUCAUGCAACGGGGAACCGGAGAACUUGUCCUCAGCACGAUUGCAGGAGCUUCGCUGGCCGCUCUCGUCGUUCUGCUUGUCAUGCUAUUCGCAACGUAGUCUCUGUUCAAGAGCUGUUUGUUGAUACGGUGUUUUGGUUUGUUUUGGUUUGUCUUGAAAUGAUUCAAUCGAUUUGAAAUCAACAAAAGUUGAGAUCUUCAAAUAUUAUAUUGUAACGAGCAAAAGGGGCCUUCUGUGGUGUCCACGAUCCAAAACAAACCACAAUAGAUCAACCGAAUCAACUUUUGAGGGGUUCACACGAAGUGCCUGCAUUGCUGCUGUUGUGUGUCAAGGGAUGAGAGCUUUGUGUCACUUGGGGUCAACUGUUUUUUCGGCUACCGUGGUGACUAUUAUGAUACAGACCUAUAGAUAAUAAACAAACUUCCCGCAUCACUUCGAUCUCGGAUGGAGAACAAAUUCAUGAUCAUGGUUGGCUUCCAGCCUACAGGUAGCGCGAGACUCGGCGCUAACUGAAAAAGAGACAAACCAAGCAGCAAUUUUGAUUCAUUUACCUUGGACCUAGCUAGCAAGCAGACAACCUAGCGUCCCUUGCCCUUGGGUACAAUUUGAGGAAACUUGGUGCCUGGGGGGCAUUGUGAACCGUGGAGUAGGAGAUUCAAUUGCAACACAAUAGGCACCUGCUUGGAGCUUGAGCAAAUUCAUCGAGUUGACAUACAUGUAGUGCUCAUGGUGAACACAGUCACGUUGCCACUCAGGGAGGCAAGGGAUAGAGGUCUAACAGAUAGCACCAGGUUGUACCAUGCAGCUCAAUGCAGCUUCACGAGCAGCUUUGCUCGUGGCACCGCAGAAAUCCUCAACAACAUAGAUAUUAUAGCCUUCUCCCAGCACUUCAACGGUUUUUGCCCGGGCGACACAAACCCCAGU